CUACCCUGCAUCUUCAUGUUCCGGGUGUACCGCAAGCACGAGAAGAAGGCUGGAGCCCUGAGUGUGCGUGUGUAUGGACAUGGGAGAGCUCCGCUGGCGCCUCUGAAAGAGGUAUGCCAUUUCAGCUUGCGGUUCGAGGGUGACGGCGCACUGCGACAAUUCGACAAGCAAAUCUGGUAUGGACGUAAACUCGAAUCAUGCAUAGAUAUCCCAUUCUUUAAGCACUGCAUUACUGAGUGUGAAUCUACUCACAUUGGAACGGGAGGGUGCGCGAAGUUAUUGAGCGAACCUUCAGCGACACCGGCUCCACAUGAGUCGGCUACGUUCAGGUUGAUCGACGUAAAGAAAAAGCGGAUUGUCAGGAUUCCUUUUGGACACAUUCUUCGUCCAGAUCCACAGCAGAAAACCAUCCAGUAUGUAGCGCUCAGCUACCGGUGGGGCAUCUUGCCAUUACUAAAGGGCUGGACGGAGGAAGACAAUCCAGACCGCGAGGCACCGCCCUCGCAAAGAUUCUUCUAUCGCAAUGAGCGACUCGGGGAAUCACGAUGGGAUCGCCCGGACGCUACGAAACUCACUUCGGAGAAUGAGCUCUACUUGUCAAAAGCAGGUAGCUUAGCCCACCCCGAUAUCCAUAUACCCACGACCAUAAGCGACGCAAUCGAUGUGGUAAGAGGAGUUGACAUAGAUUACCUAUGGGUGGACCAACUCUGCACAAUCCAGACCGGUAAUGAUGACGAUAAGAUUGCCAACGUCAAACGCAUGGAUCAGAUCUAUAAUCAUGCCCUUUUCACGAUAGUAGCGGCUGACGGCUCCAACGCGAAUGCCGGACUCAAAGGAAUGCGCGCCGACGGUGCUCGUUGCAAACAGAUCAUCGAAGACGGUAUCCUUACCAAUGCGCGCAUGUUCCUGCCCGCCAAGAUGGAGAUGAAUUUCCAGCAGUGGGAAGAAAGAGCUUGGUGUUUCCAAGAGAAGGUGCUAUCCAGGAGGUUACUCGUUUUUGCUGGAGGUUUCGCGGUGUGGCACUGCCGCAGUGGAGUAUGGCGUGAAGAUGUCAACGCGCGAGAUGGAGAUGAGGCCUCGGUCUCGUUUCCAUGGCUUCGUCUGCUGCCCAAUCCACAUCCUUAUGACACGGCAAUGGCACGAGCGGGGCUAAAGAAACGGACUGGAGAUGAGAGUGUCAGAUUACAUCGGCUGCCAGCGAUGAAGCAAUACCUUGAAGCGGUCGAAGACCUCAACAAGAGAACGAUCGGCAGCAGCUGGGACAUCCUCAAUGCUUUCCAAGGAUUAUCAAACAUCUUAGCGGGAAGGGAGUACCUUAAUUCCCCGUUCCGACAGGGGCUCCCGACUUAUUUUCUAGAUGUAGCUCUCUUAUGGCAACCCAAGGAGCCAGCACGCCGACGACAACAUGAUGUCGACGAAUCUAGUACCGUGAUCCAUUACGCUCCCCCUAGCUGGUCCUGUUUCGGAUGGGAAUCCGCAGAAGCGCGCCUCUUCUCAGGAGCAAAAGGCGCGCUCGUAGAAUACGACAAGCCAUUCGACGUCGGCGCCGAAAGAAACGGCAUAAUCCUUCAUCUGUGCGAGAACGGGCUGGGCGAGGAGCGCAUUCGACCACGCAAGGGCACGUUCUAUGGCAUCGAUAAUACUAGCAAAAAGCUCCAGCAUCUCGGAAUGUUCAGUAUACCCGGGCUGGAGGCGAUGUGCUUCAAGGACUGGGAAUCACUGCAGGCACAAGCAGCCGUGCCGCCGAGACUAGACUCUCUACUCCCUCUACUCACUGAACGACAUCUUGUGUUGCAGACAGAACUCGCGGUACUAACCCUAGGUAGAAAUUGCUGGAAAACAAAAGUCACAACGCAGAUUGAUGGCUCCACUCGGCUCAUGUUGUCCUUUCAAGACGCUACCGCCGACACCGAACCUAGCCAUCUAAAGCCCGACAUCCCCAACCUGCAAAUCGACGUCUCACACGAAUACUGGGUAGAUACCCCUACGCAUAAGCAAGUCGGCGUCGUCAAACUAGACGCUGGAUACCAUACUCAGUCCUCCCGCUCCAUCAAAGCAGUUGUUCUCUCCGAAGCACAGUAUCUCGGCAAUGAGGCCACGCCCGAUGCGUUGGGCUAUCCACUAUAUAAUAUCAUGCUUGUCCGUAGGGUGAGGAAGGAGGCGGGGUACUCGUUCGCGGAGAGAAUUGGCUUGGGCAAAAUACAUAAAUACGCUUGGAGGGAUGCAGAGCCAGUGAAGAAAAUUGUUGUUUUGGAGUGACUAUACGACAUAUUUUGGACGGGAUGGCUCAGGUUGGCCGUAAAGGUGGAGAGCUUUUAUACAGUUUAAUACCCAAUUAAACCUCGUGUGUGGUGCUAUGUUCCCAGUUAUGCAGACCGACCAGUUGUGUUGCUGUACUUGAAACGCCAUUUGAACUCCAGGACCGACAGACAUCAGGAUACAAAAGCAUCGUCUCACUUCUCAACUUCCCACUGGCGUCCCGCUCCGACUAGGCGCACUACCUGCUCCUGAGCUAUCUUUUCUGAUCGGCGUUGCGCUCC